CCUCCCACUUGCGCAGCUAGGCACUCUCUCUCUCCCACUGGCGUUAGCUCAUCCACCGUGCUGCCAGUGUCAUUACCAAGUCCACGCGACAGACUUCCAACAGGAUUCAGUAGUAGGCUCGACUGUUCUCCCGAAGCCGAGGCGCACCCGCUGUUCCCUCCCUAGCUUCCCGCCGCGUCAAGCCCCACGCCUUCUCGGCUUGCGCCUUAGGCUAGCCCUCCAUGGACGUCCUUAUUAAUGCCCGCUGGUUCCCGCUCCAACUCAACAAACUCGAUUCCGGUCGCAUCUCCGGGGCUUCUCUGAGCCUCACACAUCGUAUUUCUUCAAGUUCCGCGCUCACCGCAUCCAACCCCCUAGAAAGUCCUUCAGAUCCAGCGUCAGAGCACACGUUUCUCACAACACCUGCAAAUCCUCCUCCCGAUCUCGAGCAAUGGCGUUCCCUAGGACCUUAUCCUUAGCCCUCCUCGCGGCUCUCUGCCUGGUCCACAUGGCCGUGGCGGCGAAUCUGCCGCCCGGCGGGUGCCACACGCGGUACGUGUGUCCGUACAUCGACGACCUGGCGACAGCGACCAUCGACGACACCACGUACACGAGCUACCCGUUCCUCGGCGACUUCCAGGGCGUGUUCAACGACCAGGGCGGCGCGUUCGUGCCGUUCCAGCGCGGGUCGGGCCCCGUGAACUACGAGCGGUACACGGAGGUGGGCACCAUCUUCGACGUCGUCAAGGGCGUCUACGGCGACACGCUGCAGGAGUGCUGCCGCGCCUGCGCGCGCUCCACCUACUGCUACCAGUGGCACUGGUUCAAAAACUCGCGGCUGGCGGGCGAGAACGCGAACGUGGCGGGGUUCAUCGACCGCGUGCAGUGCUACCUGCUGGAGAGGAACGGCGGGUCGGGCAUGUCGGGCGACUACCAGACGCCGUACGCGGGGGAUGCGACGGAGCAGACGGCCAACGCGGCGAGCAUCCCGCUGAGCUUCGUGGGCGGGCUGUGCAACGGCACGGCGCUGGUGGAGAACGACCCGCAUCUCACGGGCGCGCACGGCACGCGCUACGACUUCACGGGCCGCCUCGACAAGUCGUUCUGCCUCUUCUCCGACCGCCGCUUCCACGUCAACAUGCUCCUCAACGGCUACCAGGGCGAGCCGCCCGCCCUCGCCGCGUCCGCCGCGUCGGCGGGGACCGACUCCGUGGGUAAGGAGUCGUCGACGGAGCUGCACACGUGGAUCAAGGAGGUGGGCGUGGUGUGGGUGGGCGCGGACGGCGCCAACCACACGCUGCGCAUGGUGGCGCGCAAGGGCAAGCAGCAGGAGCGCGGCGCCGACGGGUUCGUGGCGCUGCUGGAGGUGGACGGGGCGGCGACGCGCGUGCCUGGUGUGAGCGAGACGGUGGCGACGGAGAGCGGGGUGGCAGUUACCAAAGUGGCGGAGGCGAAGGAGGGGCCGUUCGACGUGGACCAGUUCCAGGUGCGCGUGGCGGGGCUGGGGGAGCUGGACGUGCGCGCGCGCGUGGCUCACCCGCUGCUGCAGACGGCGGAAGAGGCGGAGGCACACUUCAACGUGGAGCUGUCGGACGUGGCGAUGACGUCAGCCGUGCACGGCGUGCUGGGGCAGACGUUCCGCAGCACCCCCGAGCAGCUGCAGCGCGCCGUCAAGUACUCGCACCUGGCGGCGCUGCUGCACCGCCCCGUAGACGUCGACAAGGCGGACGGCAGCGGCUUCCUGGACGGCCGCGUGGAGGACUACAUCUCCUCCUCCGUCGUCGCGCCCGACUGCAAGUACGCCAGCUUCGGCACCACCGAAUAAAGCGUCUUCGAGGAUCUCGAGUAAAGUCGGCCCAGUAAAGUCGUCUAGACUCGACUUUAAGGACUUGCUGCAUAGACACCUGAUACUGCUGGAGAGCAGUAUACACUACACCAGUAGCAAAUGCCCAUGAGCGCAAGCUAAGCUGGCCGUGAAAGGCAAAUAUAUUGUAUACGCCCGGAUAAAAGACCCCCAUGGAAUAGAAGACACCAGGGCCUCAGAGUCGUUUUGGGGCACGCUGAUCGCUCAGGGUCCCCCCCCUUUAGCUCCGUGUUUUUUCAGGCCUCGCAUAAAAUCUUACGCUGAUCAAUAUGGGUGUUGUAAUUUUUUCACG